UUCAACCUGCAUAAUUUCUAGAAGGCCUGAGAAAUCUAUUCCAUAAAAUUUCUGCAAAGUUGAUUGCGCAAUAAUAAGUCAAAAUGGUUUUACGUGAAUUUAAUCGUCUUGCUGGAAGAUUGCAAGCUUCUGCAAAAUUACAUCCUUUGUAUCCAAUCAAACCAGUACCAUUGAGCAAAGCUGAUUCUCCAAAAAUAAUCUAUGAUUCAAUAAAAACAAAAGCAGUCACAGUAGACCAAGUAGUAGGAACAGCAUCAUACUCGACUCUUCCACCAAGGCUUGUAGCCAAGAUGAAGAAAUACCAGGCUGAUGUUACUAAGCCAGUAUUUCUAAUCAACGGUACACCCGACAAAAUACUGUUCGGUACCACCGUCUUCUUAACUUUUAUUGGUCUUGGAAUGUGUGUAGACUUUUACUGGCCAUUGAUCUGGACAAAAUAAAUAUUUUUUUAAAACGUAAAGUUUGUAGAUGAUGAUUAAUUAAAAUUUCUAGGUGGUAAUUAAAUAUUAUAAAUCAUUAAUUAUUGUCAUAACUGGUUACAAUAAAAAUCAUUACCAGUAA